AUGAACGAUAUUUCGUUAGAGCAAAUAACGUUGCAGCUUGAUUUCCUGAAGGGACUAGACUUGUUUUGCAUUUUCAAGUUCAUCAUAACAAAUGAUAUUGAAAUAUAUAGGGAGGAGUCAUAUAACAUUUUAAUAAAUAUUAUCAAUUCGUAUAAAAUUAUUAAUAUAGAGGAGUCAAAUCAUAUAUUUUCAGAUAACCAAAAAAUAUAUGAGAAAUACUUUUACAACUAUAGAAAAGGGCCAUCAAAAAAGAGGGGUGUUUCGAUCCCACGCAUUGGAAGCAGCAACAGCUGUAGUGGCAGCAAUGGUAGCACCAGUGGAAGCAGCAUUACUACUAAGGGAAAAAACAUAAGUAGCAAUGAUAACAUCAUCAACAGCAGUGGAAGCAGUGCAACCACUCCAUGUUCAAAUCAGUACAAUGCUCAGGCCAUCCAGAGGAGUAAGACGAAAGUGAAGUCAAGUAAAGAUGUGAAAAAUGCAAAGAUACAGGAUAUUUACAUGAACGACUCCCUGUUUUCUAAAAAUAUGUACAACAAAAAAUUGUUUGAAUUUUUUAAAUUUCCUAAGAGUAAGAAAGUAGCUGAGUAUGUAAAUAUGGUUUGCGUCAAUAGGUUGAUAAAAGAACCAUUAAAUAUGAACUUAAGUUUUGUAAAAUUUGAUAAAAAAAAAAAAAAAAGAAAAAAAAGAAGGAGAAGAGGUAAUAAAAAUAACUCAAGAGAAUUAUAUAUAAAAAAUAAAUGCAAAUAUAAUAGUGACUCAGGUAUUGUAAACAAAAAGAUGAAAAGUACAUGUAGUUGUUGUUAUGAGACUAAAGAAAAUUAUAAAGAGUUAUCAAAAAAUUUUAAAAAAUUAUUUAAUGAAACAGAUAUUUCUGUUUCGGAUUCAUCUGAGAUAUUAUCUACAUUAAAAAUAUCCUUUGCUAAAACUCAUGAAAAUAAUUACCUAGAUAUGAAUUGUAGUAAUUCAGAUGAUGACUCUGCUUAUGAUUAUGAUUAUUACAGUGAAACGACAACUAUGCAAGAAAAUCAAAAGGAACAAAAGAACGUUAAACUUCAGAAUAAAUUUCUAUCACUCAAGUUAUCCAUGUACAACUCCAGCCUACUCAAAAAUAGAGGGGAACACGGGGAUGAAAACGAAAAUGAAAAUGAAAAUGGGAACAAUAAUGGGUUCGGAAUCAAGAGUAUAAUAAAUGAGGACGACACUAAUCGAAGCAACAACAUUCGAAACUGUGACACCUACGUGAGCAAAUUCUACGACGAGACAAAUCUUUGCUUUAAGCAUUACUAUGAUAUUCACAAUAUUCUUAAUAGGGAUCCUAAUGGAUUAAGGAAAAUAAAAAUUAUGUUAAAAAAAGAUAUUGGUACAAUAAGCAUAUCCCCAUUUUUUAUUAAUUUUGAUUGUACCAGAAUAUUCAAAAAUGUUUGUAAAGCUUUUAACUUGAGCAAAUAUGAUUACAAAAAACAAAGCAUACAUCAAAUAAUUAAUUUAUGCUUUAACACAGAAAAUUCGUUAGCUAUAUUGAAAAACAUUUUCCUAGAUGAUUUAUACAAACAACAAAAAGUAUAUGUCAAUGAACUGAAUAACAAAAAAAAUUAUAGAAAAAAAGAACAUAAUAUAAGGAAAAAAAAUACAGAAAGUGUAUUAGAUAUAUUGGAUGAUGAAAAAAGAAUUAAUGUCUUAUAUUUUAUUAACCGAUUUUUAUAUUCACAAAAAACGCCCUUAUCGAAUUUGUUUAGAGAUUACACACUUAGUUUGCACAGUCAGAAAAAUGUGUAUAACAGGGUGUGCAGCAAUAUGUGUAGUGGUACACGUGAUGAUAUGCAUGAUGUAUGUAAUAACCCGCUUGACAAUCAGAGUGAAGACCCCCCUUUUGACGAAUUAACCAUUGACUACUUAAUCUUCUUAAUGAUUUUUGAAAAAAAAAUAGAUCAAAAAUUUUAUAAAUUUCUUAUUCGAAAAAUUAAUAAGUGCAAAAUAAACAUUACAAAAAAUAUUAGUAACAAAAAUGACAGCAGUUCGGAUUUCCGUCCGAACAUUGACUAUGAUCUUGAAAAGGAAACAGAGCAAAAUAUAGCGACUGCCAUAUUGAACGUACACAAUAGUUAUAAAAGAGAGUCAAACGAUAAUAGUCUUUCCACGGUUACUAGAAAUUCUCGUGAACAGUCAAGAAAGGGAAAUACAAAGGAGUGUGAAAUAAUUGGCGAUCAUACGAGGCUACAUAUUAAUAAUGGCACCGAAAAUAAUGUAGACAUUUUGAUUGACCUGAACAGUUUAGGAGAUAUGUCAAAUAUGACAAAUAUGACAAAUAAGUCAAAUAUGACGAAUAUGGAAAAUAUGGUAAAUAUAACAAAUUUGACAGAUAUAACAGAUGUAACAGAUGUAACAGAUACGACAAAUAUGACACAUAUAACAGGUAUGUCCAAUAUAACAGGUAUGUCCAAUAUAACAGGUAUGUCCAAUAUAGUAGGUAUGUCCAGUAUGGGAGAUGUGCGCAGUGUAUGCAGUGUGGACAGCGCGAGCUGUGUAAGCAACCCCGACAGCUUGCCGAGUUCCUACAACUUGACCAAGGUAAGGAUUGUAAAUAACUCUAAAGAACAAAGCACUGGUAUACCGGCUAACGACGAAGUUUCGCCAGUAACAUUGACAAAAGAAAGCAAUUUUUGCAAUGGGGAAGAGAAGCUAUCGAAAUUAUUGAUCACUGAAAAUACAGCAAAUGAAAAGAAAAAAAAAAAAAAAGAAAAAAGUUUUGUUAAUAAAACAGAAGUGCAGUACUGUAAUGAGGGUAGCGGUGGUUAUGAGCUAAAUUCGCAAAAUGGAUGCAACGUUAAAAGCGGGAUUAGUAGUUGUAUUAAUAACGGCAUACAAAUCGGCAUCAAUAGGUGCAGUAAGGGCAGUGACCAAGCGAAUGGCAGUGCAUGCGGCAAAAUGGAUGGGGAUGCGGAGGAGGAGGAGGAAUAUAUGGACGAUAUAGAAGCCAAAACGAGUAUGGAAAAUGAAAUAAUAUUACUAAAAUGCAUUAGACCAUUUCCUACAAUUUACUGGUUAAUUAAUAAAAAUAUAUGUGGCUAUAUAUCUCACCUAGAAAAAGUUAAUAUAAUUAAAAAUAUAGAAAAUUUUAUAAAUCGAAAAAGUGAAGAUUUUAAUUUGCUUAGAUAUUAUUUAAUAUAUGAUCAUCUGAAAUAUAUAGUAAUCCGUUUAAGACAUAUAAAUAAGAAAAUUUUAAUAUUUUUUUAUAAUAUUUUCUUAAAUACGGACAAUUUUUUAAGACAGUAUACUAAUAAUACUAACGAUGAAGAAACCCAUAUUAUAAAUAGUACAUACAAUAACUCCUUUGAAUUAAAUCCCAUUAUAUUAAAUGUUUGCUUACAAAAGUAUAAUAUUAACUUACAUGUCGUUUUAGAAAUAAUGAGAAAAAUUAACACAUUAAGAAUAAAAGGAAUUGGUGGCAUAUCAAAUUUUUUAACAUUAAAAUGUAUGCACCUUUAUUUUGCAUCUCAUUUGUCAUACCCGAACACCAUCGGGUAUAUCUUGGAGGAGUGUUUAAAGUCUUAA